AUGGUUGUCUCAGGGUCACACAAUGAAAAACUUUCCCCAAAGGGCUCUGUGGGAAAAGGCACCAUCCCACAGUAUGGAUCCUACCCAUCUGCGUUGCAAAACACUGGAAGUCCACAACGUUUUAUCUCUAAUGGGAGUAUUUCAACAAUCAGCCCCAGUAUUCAUCAUGAGCCAGAGUGCACUGAGACGGACUUUCUGCUCCCGAGUCAACUCUACGGUAGAUCAACGCUCAGUAGAUCCACAACUGCAAAAGAUGCCGAUGACUCAGGUCCACCUGCUGAGUCCCUCCGCUCCAUGCUACUUCAGAUCCUGGUGCCUUUCCUGCUGGCCGGGAUCGGGACUAUCUGCGCUGGGAUGCUGCUCGAAGUGGUGCAGAGCUGGGACGUGUUCCAGGAAAUUACAGAACUCUUCAUCCUGGUCCCUGCAGUGUUAGGCAUGAAGGGUAACCUGGAAAUGACUUUGGCUUCAAGACUCUCCACUGCUGUGAAUGCAGGAAAAAUGGAGUCCACCAGAGAAAAGUGGAUGUUGAUCGUUGGGAACUUAGCACUCAAGCAGCUUCAGGCCACAGUGCUCGGCCUGUUAGCCUCUUUGAUGGCGACUGGGUUGGGAUGGAUGGCUGAAGGACAGAUGCCGCUACAUCACGUAAUGCUCCUGUGUUCUGCCAGUGUUUCUACAGCCUUCAUUGCUUCAUUGCUGCAAGGUUUUAUCAUGGUGGGAGUGAUUAUUGGCUCCAUGCGGAUGGGAAUCAACCCUGAUAACGUGGCAACACCGAUGGCUGCAAGCUUUGGAGAUCUCAUCACUCUUGCCUUGCUCGCCUUCUUCAGUCAGUGGUUCUUCUCCCUCAUAGAACUGUAUCCCUACGUGUUGUACCUGGUGGAUAUGUUCUUUUUAUGCCUGAUUCCUCUUUGGGUGGUCAUCUCCUCCAAACAUCCUGCCAGUCAGCUCCUGCUCCACACAGGCUGGGAACCAAUCAUUACAGCUAUGGUCAUCAGCAGCAUUGGAGGAUUAAUUCUGGACAAGGCUGUAUCAGAUCCAAACCUGGCAGGAAUCAUACUUUAUGCACCAGUCAUAAAUGGUAUUGGAGGAAACCUUGUUUCCAUUCAGUCCAGCCGUAUUUCCACUAAUUUGCACUUGAAUCACUCACCUAAAGAGGUACCUGAAGACCGUAAAGGCUGCUACAGCCCUUGCCGCACUUUCUUUGGUUCAGGAACAAACCAUCGAUGUGCUCAGGUUCUUCUUCUUCUGGUCAUCCCCGGUCAGCUCAUCUUCUUACACGCUAUCCACCUUUUAAAAGGAGGCCACAGUUUGCCCAGUCCUCUGUUCACUGUCACCUUCUUGUCUGCUUCUCUGAUUCAAGUCUUAUCCCUGCUGUGCAUAGCAGACUGUAUGGUCCACUCCCUAUGGAGGAGGGGUAAAGACCCUGACAGUCACUCAAUACCCUACCUCACAGCCCUUGGAGACUUUCUAGGCACAGCUCUCCUCUCUCUAGCCUUUGUCCUGCUAUGGUACGUUGGUGACUCCGGCAGUGUAUAGGAUCAAAGAAAGGAAGAGUUUGCACAAAACCUCAAUUGUUUCAAAGCAAAUAGAAAUAACAAAGCAACUGAACAUUUUCUGCAAAGACAGUCAUCUAUUCAUUCUUCACAUUUUGUUUCACUUUGUCAUGAGUAUCCAACUAACAGGUUUACCAGAUGUGGGCUUUUUUUACAUCAAUUUAUAAUCCUCCAUCUGCUGGCUUCCUGACAACAUGGCCCGUCAUGUUGACCUAAUGUCCCCGGGUGAGCAUCCUUGCUGGCCUUACAGGAUGUUUAUUAAAGCACUUUCUGUGUUUCAUGGCAACUGUCAGAUGCACACAAUGAGUUUAAGGCUCAUAUAGUAUAAUAAGGGGCACAUAAUCGUAGCAAACACUUAUUAAGUAAAGGUUUCGGUCUCCAAAUUAUUUUAUUAGUAUUUUGUAUGCUGACGAGAUAACCAUAUUUGAUAUGCUUGUGUAUUCUUAUUAUAAUUUGAUUAACAGUUGUAUAUUUCUUGUAUAAACUGUAUAGGUACAUAACUCAAUACAAUAUACUGUACAUAAGCUGUGUGUGUAAAGACUCUGGGUUAAACUUUUGUUCUACUUUGUGGUCUGAUUAAUAUUCACUUCAUUGAAUUUUGUAGACUGUGUACAGGAAGGGAGAUAACACACAUGCUGACACACAGCUCUGCAGCCUCACCCACUGUGGUCUCCCUGUCAGGUAAUCCUCAAAAUAUAAGACUCGGGGCCAUCCAACUCAAAUUCCUCUUUUAUCCUUCAGUAGUCCAUGCUCGUGGGGUUUUCUGCAGUAGGUAUAUUAAAGAGUCUAGCCUGGGGGUUGGAUAAUGUGGUAGUGCCUACAGUGGGUGUUAUUGGUGGGGGGAAUGUGGUGUAUUAAAUCUAGUGAUAUACAAAGGUAAAUACUCUCUGAGGUCAUAGGUUGGGUAAGAGGAAUGUUGGGUGAUAGGAGAGGGAAAAACAACAUCUGGCAUAUGUCAGGGGGCCCCUAAGAACUGACCUAUGUCACCUUAGGGGGGCACACAUUGUUAAUGAUUACCUCAGGUGAGCACACAUUCUUUGGGUGCACACACAUAUUUUCUUCUAUAAAUGGCAUGCACAGAGAUAGUUCUGGGGGACUUCCACAAUA